AUGCUGUACCUGGCCCUCCUCGGCUACCUUUACCUUGCUUCGUGCGUGAGCGCUCUGACCUACAAGGGUGCCGACAUCUCGUCGGUGCCCGUUGUGGAGCAAAGCCUUCACUACACCGACAACGGCGCGCAGACGGCUUUCGAGACUAUCAUCAAGAACCAUGGCGCGAACGCAGCACGCGUGCGCGUCUGGACCGCCGGAACCUACAGCACACAGUUCGCCAUCGACCUUGGAAGGCGCAUCAAGGCAGCAGGCAUGACGCUCAUCGUCGACCUCCACUUCAGCGACACUUGGGCCGACCCUGGUAAACAGGCGAUUCCUUCUGGCUGGCCAACGAACUUGAGCGGGCUGAACACCCAGAUCUACACCUACACCCAGGGCGUCAUGCAGGCCUUCAAAAACGCCGGUGUCACAGUCGACAUCCUCCAAGUCGGCAACGAAAUCAACAACGGUCUCCUCUGGCCCGUCGGCGAGAUCUCUGUCAACGGCAUCAACCCUGUCUCCCAGCUUUUGCACUCCGCUGUCAACGGAGCGCGCUCGGUGUCUUCGCCCAAGAUCAUGCUUCACCUCGCCAACGGUUGGGACGAGAGCGAUAUGACCUGGUUCUUCAAGAACGUAUUCAUUCAGGGUGCCUUCGCUACCACGGACCUAGACAUAAUAGGAGUCAGCUUCUAUCCUUUCUACGAUAGCGGGGCCACACUCUCGGCGCUCAAGACGAGCUUGACGGCGUUGACGGGCGUGAUCCAGAAGCCGAUCAUCGUCGCCGAGACGGACUGGCCCGUUACCUGCUCGGGCGUAAGCCUUACGGACAAGAGCGUACCAGUGUUUGCGGCCGGUCAAGUUACCUGGAUCCAGGAUAUCACGAACGUACUCAACUCGUUGCCCAACGGUCUUGGCCAAGGUAUCCUAUACUGGGAACCGGGAUGGGUCGGGAACGCGAACCUUGGAUCUGGUUGCGCUGAUAACUUGCUGGUGUCGGGUACCGGCGCUACGCGCACCUCCAUCAGCAUGUUCCAAAGCAUGUAA